UGGGAAAUAGGUUUAACCAGAGUUUUAAAUUAUCUCGCGUUGCUAUUUCUUUUUCAUUUGUGGCCAGAUUUGUUUUUCGCCGCUACGUUUUACUUGCAUUGAAUUUUAGCCACACGAGGAGCAAAUGCGUUUGCAUCCUGACUAUGCUGACCUGGCAGCUCUUCAAGAGUCUGAAGAGACCAGGAAGUCCUCUAGGAAGGAGAUUCUGAUUGUUCAACCAUAUAUGAAGCAUCCUUUGCAAAACAGGUGGACUCUCUGGUUUUACAAAAAUGAUAAAAAUAAGCCCUGGCAGGCAAAUCUUCGUCUUGUUACUAAAUUUGACACCGUGGAGGAUUUUUGGGCAUUGUACAAUCACAUUCAACUUGCCAGUAGGCUGAUGUCAGGUUGUGAUUACGCUGUCUUUAAGGAUGGUAUUGAACCCAUGUGGGAAGACAACAGAAACAAAUGUGGUGGAAGAUGGUUAAUCACGCUGUCCAAGCAGCAAAGAAUGCUGGAACUAGAUCAAUACUGGCUAGAAACAUUGCUAUGUCUUAUUGGAGAAGCUUUUGACGAUUAUAGCAAUGACAUAUGUGGUGCGGUAAUUAAUGUCCGAGCAAAAGGGGAUAAAAUAGCAAUAUGGACCUGUGACACAGAAAAUGAAGAAGCAGUUUUACACAUAGGAAAAACCUACAAGGAAAGGCUUGGUCUUCCCAUGAAGGUUGUGAUUGGUUAUCAAGCGCAUGCAGACACUGCAACAAAGAGUGGAUUGGGAGUUAAAAACAAAUUUGUUGUUUGAGCAUUUUUUUCACCAAGCUUUAAAGCUGUGUAAAUGAACUUGUUUAAUUUGUGCAGUUGAUUUGGGAGACUCUGUAUAGUUUUACCAAACUUGGCUGUUGGAAUGAUUUUUGAAGAAAAAAAUUAAAUAUAUUUGU